UUUUCUCUUCAUAUGUACAGAACAGGAACCGGAGCUGGAGCUUUUGUCUCGCGCUGUCGGUCAUCAUGUCGAGCUCGCGCACAAUGCAGUAUAUCGGUCUCCUGCUGCUCGCCGCCAUCCUGCUGCAGACCAUCGCUGUGGCCGUCACCUUCAUCUACUUCAGCAAUGUUCUGAGCACGAUGAAGGAGACGUUUUCCAAAAGCAGUGUGUCGUGUCUGAUGCGCUCGAACCUGCGCGCGCUGAAAGGUUCUGACCCGAGCAGCUCGGAGGGAAAGGACGAUCCCUGCUGGCAGGUCACGCAACAGCUCCACUUCCUCAUCGAGAAGUCCAUGUCUAAUCGCUACCAGGAAGAAAUCUCCUCAGCAGUUAAAGAUGAAGUGUCCCGAGUUCUUCCCUCGCUGGUGAUGCAGGACCAGGAUGCUCUCCCACGGCCUAAGAUUGCUGCUCAUGUUACGGGCAGUUACACACCAGACUCAGACAAGGAUGUUGGAGGUGCCUCCAACAGGAAGGUGUACGGCCAAAAAAUCCAGUCGUGGGAAUCCGAGAAAGGCUUGGCCUUCCUCCAGAACGUGGAACUGAGCGAUGGAGAGCUGGUGGUGCCGCAGGCCGGACUCUACUACAUUUAUUCUCAGACGUAUUUCAAGCACACGCUCAUAGAGGAAGAGGAAGAAGAAGAGGAACAGGAGGAAGAUGAGGGUGCGGCCAGGGGAAAGCCGAUGCUGCAGUAUGUAUAUAAAAAAGUGGGUUCUUAUCCGGUGCCCAUCCUCCUGAUGAAGAACGCGAGGACGACCUGCUGGUCCCGGGACGCUGAGUUCGGACUGUACUCCAUCUACCAGGCGGGGCUUUUCCAGCUUGGAGGCGGAGACAGGCUGUUCGUAACCGUCAGUAACGUAAGCACCAUUGAAAUGGACGAGAAGUCGAGCUUUUUUGGUGCCUUCCUGGUCAGCUAGGUCCAGCAAGCUACAGGACCAGGAGGUUCUUUAAUGAUUGAUGGUUCCUGUGUGUGAGGAGAGCAACAGGACUCAGCUUGUUUUUUAUCAAGCUCUCUUUGGAAUGCUGUCAGAGAUCAAAUCUUCUGUAUAUGUGCGCUGAGCGAGUUCACCUUUACUCGCACUGAUGAGAUCGCUGAAAUGUGGGUGAAUUUGACUUCAUCAAUUUGCUGCAGAAAAACCCCAAAAACACGCAGGAGUCAGAAACCCACCAGGAGCCGGAGAUGAAGCUGAAUUCCGUCUGCUCGGGAAGCAGGAACAGAAAAACUGCUCAGCGGGUCGUUUGGGUUUAAACCGACUGGUCACAGUGAAACCUGAUGUUCUGACCUGGAAAAUGUGUAAUAUCCUGCAGGCAGACGGAGAGAGAUUCCUGCGCUGUGAAUGUCUUUGCACCGUAACAUUAAAGAAUGAGACGAUAUUUUAAAUCACACUGAGAAAUGAAACUAAGGUUCAGUUUUUGCUCUCAUCAGACAGUGACGUACUGCGACGUAUCGUAGAUUUAUACCGAAAUUUCCUGUCUGUAAAACUUCAGUUUUAAUGAUUUCAGAAGCAGCAGAGAGACGUGAGGAAACUUCUGGAUAAAAACGGCUCUGAUUUCUUCUUUACUUUCUGACUUUUUAUAAACACGACUUCAUUACCAACUUCUCAUCACUGCUUUGAUGUUUGUUUAUUUAUUUAUGGAUAAAUCUAAACAAAAUGAGGAAAAAGAGCGUUAGUGAGAAAGAUUUUCACCAAAUCUGAAACUGUAAAAGUUUAAAAUGAGAAAUCAGCUGUGUAAAUUUAUUAAUAAUUUUUUACUACAUGAAUACAGAUUUUACAAAUGUUACACUGAAUAAAGUCUCGUGUGAACUCUGGA